AUGUCCUCUUCCCCAAGCAUGUCCCUCCUCGCCCUCCCUCCUGCCAGUAUCACACUAGCUUUCGGAGGCCUCACCACCUCCUACGUCUUUUUCAGUGGCCUUGCCGAUGAGACUUGGGGCACCGUACCCCUCCUCAAUGGCCGCUUGGGGUCUAUCCCCAUUGACGACAAGACCCGCGUCAAGGCUUGGAAUGCCUACUACGACAGAGCUCAUGUAGGCUUCAUCGGAGCAUCAGUCGCUUCUAUGGUCCUGAACCUAACCUCAUCUUACAUCCACCCAUCUCCCUUCAUCUCCAAGCUCGCUCUGAUCUCUGGGAUCACUUCCAUCCUCGUCGUGCCUGCUACUUUUGCUCUCGGCUUGAUGCCUAUCAACAAGAGGCUGUUUGCGCUAAACGAUGGGGCGGAGCCGGUCAAAGAUGGGGAAGGCAAGGAGCUGGUACAGCGCUGGGAGAGCAAACACUAUUGGAGGUUCCCGAUCUAUGCGGGUGCUUGGGUAUUCAGUUGGGCGGCUAUUGUCUAUGAUGGCAGGGCUUAA